CCCAGAAGGCCUCCCAUGCACUCAGGGGGCAGUCGGGAGGACGCGGCACCUCGGGGAGGAUGGCCACAGCCUCUCGAGGGCUCUAGGGAGAGUGACCCCCGCCCCCCAGCGGGCGCGGCCCAGGUGGCAGCGCCUGGGCUGGGCUGCGCGGAGGAGGCGGCUUCCCCGCCAGGGGCGGUGGCAGGGGCGGCCCUGGGAUCACAUGGGCGGAGGCAGGUCCCGGAGCCCCGGGCGGGCUCUCCCCAGAGUCGGGCAGGCGGCGGCGGCGGCGGCGGCAGCGGCAGCGGGAGCGGCGGCGUCUCCUCGCCCUCCUUCUUCCCUUCCCUUCCCUCCCGGGCCCGGCCGCUCAGCCCGACAGGUGAGCCGGAGCCAGGUAUGGCGCUGACAGUGGAUGUGGUGGGGCCGGGGCCCUGGGGCUUCCGCAUCACCGGGGGCAGGGAUUUCCACACGCCCAUCAUGGUGACUAAGGUAACCGAGCGGGGCAAGGCCGAGGCUGCUGACCUCCGUCCUGGCGACAUCAUCGUGGCCAUCAACGGGGAGAGUGCCGAGGGCAUGCUUCAUGCAGAGGCCCAGAGCAAGAUCCGCCAGAGCCCCUCGCCCCUGCGCCUACAGCUGGACCGGUCUCGGGCUGCCUCUCCCGGGCAGACCAACGGGGAAAGCCCCAUGGAAGUGCUGGCGACCCGCUUCCAGGACUCCGUGAGGACCCACACGGACAGCCAGUCCUCCCUGCGGUCCUCCUGCUCCAGCCCUGCCUCCCUCAGCCCCCGGCCAGACAGCCCCUUCUCCACACCACCCCACCCCAGCCCCCACACCCUCGCUGGAGAGGCAGUGGUGAGCCGCAGUUUCCAGAGCCUAGCACACUCUCCGGGACUCGCUGCUGCUGACCGCUUGUCCUGUGGGGGCCGCCCAGGAAGUCGCCAGGCCAGCCUCAGCCUCGCUGGCGACUCGGCCGUGCUGGUGCUGCCGCCUUCCCCGCGUCCCUGUUCCUCUGGCCCCAGGCUCAGUGUGGACUCAGAAGGGGGAAGCCACCUCCUGAGAGAGGAUUCAGAAGUCUUCAAGAUGCUGCAGGAAAAUCGCGAGGGACGGGUGGCUCCCCGGCAGUCUAGCUCUUUUCGGCUCUUGCAGGAAGCCCUGGAGGCCGAGGAGAGAGGUGGCCCGCCUGCCUUCCUGCCCAGCUCGCUGAGCCCCCAGUCCUCCCUGCCCACCUCCAGGGCCCUGGCCACCCCGCCCAAGCUCCACACGUGUGAGAAGUGCGGUACCAGCAUUGCGAACCAGGCCGUGCGCAUCCAGGAGGGACGGUAUCGCCACCCGGGCUGCUACACCUGUGCAGACUGCGGGCUGAACCUCAAGAUGCGCGGGCACUUCUGGGUGGGGGACGAGCUGUACUGCGAGAAGCAUGCCCGCCAGCGCUUCUCUGCAGCGCCCCCGCUCCACUCCCAGGCCUGAGUGCCCGCAGUGCUCUCAGCCCGCCCUCAGCUCCGCGGGUACCUCCGUGCCAGGGCCAUGACAGUAACAAGUGGGCAUGGGAUGGCAAUGGUGGGUGGUGGGCCCCUUCCUCCUUGCUGGGUGCGGCCAGAGGCUGGGACCUGUCUUGGGCUGUGGGCGAGGGCGGCUCCCUUCCCAGGCCUCUGUCGUUUGCCCCUGUCGGAGAGGCUCUGCACCAAAGUUGGAGGUGGGCGCUGCACUGGACAUGUUUGCACAGCAGGGGUUAGAUGGGGGAGGACAUGGAUAAGCACCUAGAAGGGGAGGGGUGGGCUGGAGGCGAACGGUAUUCACUGUGUCAAGUUUCCAACAUAUGCGCUCUAUAAAUAUCUAUACAU